AUGGCGAGAGCAUCUCUCCCUCCUGAUGCCUCCACCUUCCCCCCUCUCCUCAAAUCCAUCGCUCAAUUAUCCCUUCCCGGUGUCGGAAUUCCGAUCCACGGGCGCGUCACAAAGCUGGGCUUUGCCUCCGAUGUGUUCGUCAGCACUGCUCUCGUCACCAUGUACUGCGGUUUCGCUCGCGUCGGCGAUGCGCGGAAGGUGUUCGACGAAAUGCCCAAGAGAAACUCGGUCUCCUGGAACGCGAUGAUUACGGGGUACGUUCACAACAGGAGGUUCAAGGAGGCCCACGGUCUGUUUUCGCGGAUGCUGGCUUCGGAUUGCGAGCUGGGCGAGGUCACCGUCGUAGGCGCGCUCUCGGCCUGCGCUCAUCUCGGAGCGCUGAAUCAGGGGGUGUGGAUUCAUAACUAUGUUAAAAAUUACGGCUUGCGGCUUAAUGUGUUUGUGGGCACUGCUCUGGUAGACAUGUACAUGAAGUGCGGAGAGGCGGACGAGGCCGUCAAGGUUUUCCGGGCGAUGAGAGUGAAGAACGUCUUCUCGUGGAAUGCGUUGAUUUCGGGGUUUGCCGUCAACGGCGGAGGGGAAGCGGCCAUGGCCGCUUUCGAGGCAAUGGCUAGAGAGAGCGUCGAGCCGGAUAGAGUGACCUUCCUCGCUGUUUUGUGCGCUUGUUGUCAUCAAGGGCUCGUCGACGAAGGAAGAAACAUUUUCGCGAGUAUGCAGAGAGAUUUUGGACUCGAACCGACCAUCGAGCACUAUGGUUGCGUCGUCGAUCUACUUGGCCGAGCAGGGUUUAUACAAGAAGCUUACGAGCUCAUACGAACGAUGCCGAUGGAGCCCGACGCGGUAAUUUGGAGGGCAUUUCUUUCUGCUUGCAAGGUUCACCGAAACACCCAGUUUGGCGAGAUUGCGACAAAGAAGCUCCUCGAACUAGAGCCUGACAACGGAGAGAACUACGUGUUGUUAUCGAACUUAUUAUCCCAAAACAGGAGGUGGGUCGAGGUCGGGCAGGUGAGGAAGAUGAUAAGCCAAAAAGGGAUGGCGAAAGUCCCCGGCUGUAGUUCGAUCGAAAUCGACAAUGUGGUGUAUGAGUUUGUGGUCGCUGAUCGGUCCGAGAAGCAUUUCGAGGAGAUCUUUCGAAUGCUGGAUGAUAUGAAGAGAGAACUAAAGCUAGCUGGAUAUGUUGCGGAUACUGAGACGGCGUCUUACGACAUAGAAGAAGAGGAGAGGGAGAGCUCCAUAAUGCACCAUAGCGAGAAGCUCGCUCUUGCGUUCGCGCUGCUUAGGACGCAGUCCGGCUCGGUUAUAAGGAUAGCGAAGAACUUGCGAGUGUGCGGCGAUUGCCAUACAUUUUUUAAGCUCGUUUCGCGGGUCUACAGGAGAAAAAUCGUGGUUCGGGAUCGAAUUCGGUUUCACCAUUUCAGUGAUGGAGUAUGUUCAUGUAGAGAUUAUUGGUAG